AUGGAGAAAUCAUUAUUCACAGAUCAAAAAAUCAUCAACAAGAUUCUAGUGCACUUAUCAGUGGAAGCUCUUGCUCGAUUUAGAUCCGUCUGUAAAUCCUGGUGUUCUCUAAUAGACGAUCCAAUUUUCAUGAACGCGCAUAGAAUUAACAUGGAAAUUGUUAGCAGAAAGUUGAGACUUUUCCAAAUUGUGUAUCAAUUAUAUCCUAACGAAGGUCUUAGAUCUUGGUGUUACGCUGGUAGUCCAAGUGAGGAGCUUAUUCAUCCUGGUUUCCCUAUAACUAACACUAAGCCAUGCACGUACGUCUUGGUUGGCUAUUGUAACGGUUUAAUUUGUUACCUUACAAAUUUCUUGCACGGUAAAAAAGAAAUCAAUUUGUGGAAUCCUUCAAUGAGAAAAUGCAGGACGUUGCCUGAUUCUACCUUCUCUCCAGAACGUCAAAGGCACUCUCCUAAUUUCGGAUUCGGUUUUGACGGUACGACCGAUCACAAAUUGGUAAAAAUUACUUACAUUGACGAUCGAUUAAAAAACGAAAAGAAACAAUGGUCUGAAGUUGAGGUCUACAGCUUAAAACAAGAUUCGUGGAAAAAAAUCGGUGACUGUUUUCCUUCACAAUAUUAUUAUGCCCGUGGUGACACGGUGUUUUUCAACGGAUGUAUACAUUGGCUAACGCAACGCGAAUUCGGCAAAAUUAGGCCUAGGAGAUUGCCAAUACUUUCAUUCAAUGUGGCAAAAGAGGUGUUUCAGGAAUUUUGGUUGCCAAAUCCUCACGAACGAGAAGCCAAUUGUAUUAGUCCGUUGCACGGAUCGCUCUCUGUUUGUGCAAAAUCGAGUUCGUCUGUUGAUAACUGUCUCGAUAUCGAGGUAUGGUUAAUGAAAGAGUACGCGGUCGAAGAGACAUGGACCAAGUUGUACGUGACAAGGUUGGACGAAGAAUUGUCUGGUCCUAUAAUUCCAUUGCGAGUGUUGGAAGGUGGUGCAGAGGCAAUAGUGUAUAUAAAUAAGAAUGUGUUUUUAUAUGAUCCGAAAAAUGAAGAGUUUGAGGAUUUUGGUAUUUGGGCAAAUGGAAUAGGAGUUCCUUAUGUGACUUCUUAUAUGGAGAGUUUGGUUUGGGUUGAACCAGUUGUGGUUGAGCCAACUACUCAAGCUGAACCUGAGGUUAAAAUUGCUAAUAUGGAAAUAGAGGCAGCUGCAAAGCAAGAAGAUACAACUAGCAAUAAAGAAACCAAGGAAGUAGGUGGUAAGCAAGACAAUAAUUGUCACAUCCUAUGA